AUGGAUGACCGCAAUUUUGUCUUCUUGAUGUCCUUGAUUUGGGGGCUUGGAGCACAUUACAUCUGGGCCAAUCCUGCGACGUCCUCCAGCAUGCCGAUUCCCACAUCCUUGCUCGCGGAGAUGAUGAAAGUGGUCGAUGUUGCAUAUUCAAGAAUAACAGCUAGCCCAACUUUGGAAACCGUUCAGAUCGCCAUCCUGUUAGGAAGCUUUCACUUGUUCAAUGGCUCACCAUAUCUCGGCUUUGCUAUCUUUGGAAGUGGCGUCCGAUGUGCCCAAGCGAUCGGUCUUCAUCGACAACCACGUACUAGUAGUAGCACGGGAGAAUCCUGCUUAGUUUGGUGGGCUCUGGAAAUCAGUGACAAGUAUGCUGCUGUCGCAUUUGGGUUACCAUGCGGUGUCGAUGACUCGGAUUGUGAUGUACCAGAAAUCAACGACAAGGACAAAUCACAACCAGAUGACCCGGUGUCAUCAAUCAAUUUGACAUAUCACAAACUCAAAGGUCGCCUAUACAGGAUUAUGGGCCCAUUCCUCGGUCGUAAAAAGCAGACGAACCAACUUCGAAGUCUCCUUCACGUUCGUCGAGAGCUGAAAGAGUGGCAUGCAAGCGUACCAGAAUGGCUCAAAUGUAGCACCGAUAGUCCAGAGUUCAAUCGUCGGCCAACCCAAGUGCAAAUGCAAGCCGUCGCUCUCCAAUUGGCUUACGAUAACCUUCAAAUGGUACUGUUCAGACAGGCAGCGUUCCCAAGAAACAGGUGGGAAUACCCUGUUGAUCGACAUCAAGCCGAAGCGAUCAAAGAUCUCUCCGAGGCCGCCAUUCGUACCGCCAGCAUCUCAACUUUUGCCGCUGCUAGACUGAUUUGCCAGUCUUCUCAUGCUGCGAUGCAUGUUGCGAUCUGCUCAUUCACAGCUGGGGUCAUCUUAUCCCUGAUGAUCGCAUCGCAACCAAACGACCCAGAGUCGUCUACCCAGCUGGAAUCGCUGAAGAAUAUCAUUAAUUUGUUCGAACAAUUCCCGAGUCAGAACUAUCGACUAGCUACUCAGAGCUUGACGCUCUUGAAAGCAUUAGAAUUCCGUGUAGACCCUCAACUCGCCCAAGGGUCAGGUGAAGAUAUCAGGUUCAGCAACAGACAUUCAUUGCACUAUCAACCCAAAAGGAAUAACCCUGGGCCUGUUCAAGACUUGGCAAUGAUGGGUGAGGACAACAAUAAUACUCCUAAUACUGCAACCAAUAUUCUGGAAUUCAACUUUGGAGAUUUGGGCUUUUCAUCAAAUGCUGGUGGUCCCCUUGAUGACGUUGGGCAGCUAUGGUUGUGGGACGAUCUUUCGAACGAGAACUGGAUGCCGAAUUUCCAAUAG